GGUGAAAUUGCGUCGUUGUUAACCCUAGGGGAGUUGAUGGGUGCGUGAGGGCAAAAUUAGGGUGUGCUUAUCAGUUUUUGCUUUAGAGGUAAAUCACACUCAGUUAAUAUGCUGGUGUAUAAAUCAGCUUUGCUGGCUGCUGGUAUUUGUCUGCUGGCAAUCCUGCAGGGCUGUGCAGCUGAUGACGGUGACAAAGCCAAGUGCGCGGCGCAAACAGGAAAGGACUGUCACUCCUGUCUGCAAUAUGCUCAGUGUUACUACUGCACAGCAACCAAGAAGUGCACCUUCUACCCACUGAAGUCGAUCAUCCCAAAGUCAGAUGUCUGCUCGCUGCCGGACAUACGCUGGGGCACGUGCUGGGUGAACUUCCUGGCGCUAAUCAUCAGCGUGGUUGGCAUUGUUCUGCUCUUCAUCGUCGCCGUCUCCUGCUGGUGCCACUGCUGGUGCAAGAAGAGGCGAGUUCGCAGCGUGGAGCGGGACGAGCGCCAGUUCGCCAGCGAGCGUGCGGCGCGCGCUGAGGUCCAGGCGGAGCGGCGCGCCGAGAGGCAGAGCCGCACCGACGCCAUCCGACAGAAAUACGGUCUGCCGAGCCCCACCGGCGAGCCGCCAUACCAGCCCCUGUGAGCGUCUGGCCGCCGCAGUUCGCCGGCAGAUCGUCCUGCCAUCUGUUGGCGCCCUCGUCACACAAGCCGGUCGCCGCUACCAUCUGCCGGGUUCCGUGUGCAGCGAUUCCGUCAGUGCCGAUCUGUUUGUUGCUGGGAAGGUGCCUUCGUGGAGCGUGCUGUACGUGACCCGCGCUUUUGUGCUGUGAGCUACGCUGCUGGUCUGUGAUCAACACUUCCGCCUCGUGAUAUAUUGCCGAUGACCUGUUUUGUACCUUUUAGCGAUAAGUAUACAGUUUUUGCUUGAAGUUCUACCGAUGUUCAGAGAAGAGGCAUAUCGUUCAUGAUUGUGGUCUCGUGCUGAAAUGGUUGUGAAAUCUAGGUACGCUUUUCAUUUGCCAUGUAUGGGCCCCAUACGCCGAAGACUGGACGUUUCGCUUCAGGGAUGAAAUCACAUGUUCCUCAUAAAGCAAUGUUUUAAAGCAUUAGAUGGCGAAUAUCAGGUGUAGUGAAAUAUAUUUCUGUGUUUUAUGAGUGUUGUGAUAAGUUGCGUUUCGGUAAACUGUUGAAAUCUGCUCGCAUUGUGCAGUACAUCAUCUCUGGUAAUUAUGUUGAAUAGAUGCACCGAAUUUUCGUCGUAGCGUAUCUAAUAAAGAUUGUGCAUGUA